UACAGAAUUACGUACAUCAAUUAAGGACUAACUAGACCGAUAUCUAUCUAUUUCUAUGCAGGGAGUAGAUCUAGAUGUAGUCAAGAAAGUAGGGUUGACUUUGAUUGAUUAGCUCGUCCCUCAACAUUAUCUAAGCCUAAAAGGCUUUUCAAAUAUAAUCGGCUGAUACAUAGGGAAGCUAGAACCUCCAAGAAAUCCUCACUAUGGCCUCUUGUAGUUUUUUUCCGAGAUCGGCGAGUGCUGCUCUGCUCAGACCAGCACUUCUGCUCUCGUCUGGCCGCGACUCUGGGGAUCAGCAAGAUGGCACACAAGCAUCAAGCGGUGGCGCGGGACUCGAAACGUCAGACUUCGCGAGGCUCAGUGGAAGGCGUGAUCAACUACAUGGAAGCAAUAUUCUUCCAGAAGUGGAGCAUGACGUUGCUUCGGUCUCAUUGAGGAACGACCACACAGGUGGUCGCGGCGAUGAAGGAACAAUAGCCAAUCGUCGUGAUUACCGUUGUAGAUAUAACGCGCCGGAAGGCAAAAAAACAAGGAUGCUUUCUUCUGUGUCUUCUUCAUCGAGGAGGAAGUUUCCAGCAGCAUUGCGACAGCGUCGGCUUUUCGACAGUCGACCCGUCUUCUGUCGCGAACUUGCGAUGGACCCUUCGGCAUCCGCGAGCUCGACGCGCAGUGUCGAGGCAUCGGGACAGAGCUUCCUCGGCUCCUUGUGGGCAACGGUGAGCGGGUCUUCCGGUCGUGGAGCACAACAAGCUCGUGGCGGUUAUGGGUCUAGUUACUUUUCAUCAUCCAGAUCCAGUUUUCUUGUCAGAGGACGUGCUCAAGGAGAGUGGUUUCUUCUUGAAAUUUUCAAGAGAACUGAUAUAGACAAUGGAGCAUUCGGUGCCAAAAUCACUCUUCAACAAUCAGGACGAUGAAAAACCAGCGCUUCCUAAUGUAAACAAGACUUCAAUAGAGGCCUAUGUAUAGAAAUUUCGGAGCCUCUGCCGAAAAUUGCUCUAGGAAACACAUUUUCGGUGGACGUAUCGGAACAUACAGGACGCACGAGCGACCGAGUUUGCUUGCGCAAGAUUUAUGACGCCAUAAUGACUUGAAGAAUUCGUUAAUGUGCACCCUGUCAAUUGUUGGCUCCUUUUCUCUUGAUACUGGAAUGUACUAGACUUGUGUCACGUGCUAGGGUGACAUACUAGAUGAUAGUAUCGAAGACGGAUUCCUGCUGUUCCUACGGAUAAAGAUAAUUAUAUAGCAGCGAGCAAGACCUUUGUAGCACCACAACCAUCACCGAGUCUCUGUUUCCACCUCGCUAAAAAAUCGGCGUCAAUGACUUUACUGUCGUCCAUGAUGUUAACGAGAGUGGAACAGGGGAUAGACAAGAAACAUGUUCAGUGGAUGAGCCCUCUCGUGCUUCGAGUGCUUCUUCCGUGGACACAGUCUCAGUCGUGGACACACCCUCAGAUCCAGUUGCAUAUCUGCACCAUCUCACCGCCGCUCCGUCUUCACGCCCAUCACACAGACCCGUAACAGCCGCGACCUUGAAUAAAUCCAGCAAUAGCAGCACAGACGCAGUUUAUGCUGAUUAGAAGUCAAUAUCUACUUCUAGAUGUUCUUGUAGAUCUUCUGAUACGACCUCGAUGUUUAUUCUGUGAGUUCGGGUGACAGUGACGUUCCUUCUUUCGGUUUUUGUUUUUUCUAGUUAGGUCAGCUCCACCAAGAACUUUAUUCUGUGAGUGGCUUCUAAGUACUUCUUACAUCAUAUCCUUAUAUAUCGUAUCCUUCUCGCCCCAAGUCACGACGCCAUCUCCCCAACUCUCGUCAUUCAAGGGUGUGCUUGACACGGAGUAAUUCGCGACUCGUCCCGGAAUCCGUCGACGGAUCUGCGCCAGCCUCAGUCCGAUUCCAAGAUGGCAAGCUAGUGCUUCAGCUGCAAGCGGCAGAGUCCGGAAACGAUGGAGGCUAUGUUCCUCAGAGUUAUGACCGUAACACGAUUCUUCAGACUGAGUACAAGAACAACUACUUGCCGAAGAGACUUCUUUGUAAUCGUGCUCAUCUACGUUAAUAUCCCGAAGAGGAAGAAAGAUGAUGAAAAUGAAUAAAAACAAGAGCUUUCGUCGUUUCUAAGAUUCCUCCGAUGGUUCAUCAAAGAGGAAAAUAGCUAAGAGGGACCCAGCGAACGAGGAGACAGUCGCAAUCGUUGGUGCAGGCGCUGCUGGACUCGCUUGUGCGCAAACCUUGCGGUUGGAAGGAUUCACAGGACGCAUUGCAAUCCUCUCCGCGGAACCACCUGUGGAUCGCACCAACCUGAGCAAGAAGAUGGAAGCUCCAAGGUCUCUCUUUUAUGCUACUUAGUGUAACUCUCCACGUUCUUCGUGUAUAUUCUACAACCCUCAACAGAGUGGAAAACACUCAAACAGAAGCGCUCCCCUUUGUUCAUGCUUUUCGUUCGCUUCCCUCACUUCUCAACAGAAUCAGAACACGCUCAAACAGAUGUCAACAGUUACCCUUUUCUCUUCUAUAUCUUCCUCUGGUCUGUCUUUUUUCUAGAUAGGUCGGCUCCACCACCAAUAUGAAAGAAUUCAAGCCGUGUCGUCAGUAGAGCAACUCAUGGCAAGAAGAAGGGUUAUGAAUUUGCAAUCAUCCUCAGAUAGGCAAUCCAUUAAGCAACUAAAGAUUAAAGGGAAAUCUUAGGCAACCUGCUGAAUAGAUUCAAAUCAUCAACAAACAAAUAGAGACUGAACCCGUAGCCGCAGUUGCUCCUUGUCCUUCAUUCGCAACCAGCACCAAGUGCAGGAGGAGCCGCUUCGGACGCAAAUAGUGAUGUUGCGAGACUGCGACAGGAGUUUGAUCUCGAGCUCGUGACCGACGUAGAAGUGCUCAAAGUAGAUGCAAGUGGCAAGCAGGUGGAGUAUCGCACGGUAAGAGGGGCCUCGGACCGAAAACAUCUGAACCUGCGCUACGACAAGCUCCUCCUCGCGACUGGGUGCACUCCAAAAAGCAUCUAUGUUUAUGAAGAUGAAACAAGAACGAUCAUUUCAUUUUUCAAUUAGAAUUUUUAAUAGACGACGUGUUCAAGAUUUUAUUCAUCUCCGUUGGUUCAAUGUGAAAUAUAUUUUUCGACUAUCUGAGAUCAACAAGCUUAAUAGACGUCUUUCUCUCAUAACCACCCAAAAGACUUCAUCCUCACAACAACAUGCUCCACUUCAUACCAUUCCGGGAGCUCAGAACGUGGGAAAUAUCAUCACAAUGCGAAGUCGGGCAGAUCAUAAGGCAAUACUGUCACAUGCAAAAAGAGGCUCCAAAUGCGUGGUAUACAUAGAACUAAUCUGUAGCUUCGAGUUUCAUCUUUCACAUCUCAAACCGUGCCUUGUUGUGUCUCAAAAUUAGAUCAAGGUCUCGUUCUUUUAAGAUGAAGAUGUCAAAUCAAUCUCAGUUUAUGGAGUCAGCUGCACAGCAUAGCCUGGUCUAAAUCUAAAUCUAUGCACAAUUGGAAUAUGCACUAGUACAAACUCAACACUUCAUCUCUUCUCAGGUCGUUGGCGCGGGUUUACUAGGACUAGAGAUGGCCGAGAUGCUGACGAAGGCUGGCUGCCAAGUCUCACUGCUCGACGCAGAGCCAUUACCUCUAGAACGGCGUUUCGGAAAAAGAGUGGCAGCUGGCAUUGCGAAAUGGCUAGCUCAAAAUGACGUUCGCAUUAGUUAGUUUGUGCAAAAAAGAAUUACAACAAUUAUAUUGAUGAAGUGGAGAAGAACAAGAAUUCCGCAGGGGUCGUGACCAGUGAUUUAGUAGACCACUUUCGUAAAAGAAUCAAACUGUCAACAAGACAUUUUUAGGUAUUUUUACACUUAAGUACUUAGUAUGUUCAAUCCCCAACUGCAUAAGUACCCAGGUGAUAUACUUCGGGAACGCACAGGCAAGACAUUUUCGUGGCACAAAGAAGCGCACCAACGCAGUAGAGCUAGACAAUGGAGACGUCUUGGAUAUGGCGUCUUGGACUUGCUAUAGUUGUAGUGUUUGAUUGAUGCGAAUUUGAAUUAUUCGAAGACUCAAAAUAACCGAGUUACUGACUGAAAUAAGGGAGGUAGCUUAAAAUAAAGGCUACUCUUCCUUCUCAUCAGUAUCUCGCUUAUUCUGAUCAGUUACUUGCUUAUUUCAGUUUUUCGAAUAAGUCUAAAUCCCGUAGAAGUAAGUAGAUCCACUGUAAUAUGAACACCCCUUUCGGAGGUAACACAGGCAGUGGAUAAUUUAUGAAAUAGAAAUACUGAUAUUGGUUUUUCCAUGAUCUUCUUCGACUACUACAACCACUGCUCCGACCUUCUAACUUUGGAUGUGACUUCGUAGUCGUUACCGCUGGCACAGUUCCGAAGGUGCCCAAAGUAGAGCCGAGUAGUGCCGUCGACAAGGCGCGGGAUGGCAGCGUCUUGUGUGAUGCCUUCUUAGGAGCUAGAGGUAGUUGAUGCCUUCUUAGGAGCUAGAGUCUUGUGUGAUGCCUUCUUAGGGAACUGUUCAUCCGCUUCCGAAAUCAGAGCCUGUACAGGUUCUACUAUUUUGACCUCAACUGCAGGUGA